UAUGAUGUAAUUUUAAUCAAUAGCGCACAAUCCGUCUUUUUUCCUUACCGAGACCGAUCCGCGUUGGUAAUGAAUACCUCAACAAAAUCGGAUUGUUGACAAAAGAAACCAUCAAUAACCACACAUCCAUGCAUCGGCAAAACAUCGCAUGGAAAAAAAAGUUGAUAUUCAUCUUAUGCCGAGAGAGAGAGAGAGAGAGAGAGAGAGAGAGAGAGAGAGUAGCAGUUAGCAGCCUAAUGACGUGUUAACUGUGGAGUCAGAAGUAAUUAAUCUUGGAUACUGUAACCUUCAGACUACAGCUAGCUCUGCAGCUACCUAAAGUCAACUCUUAGUUUGUACUUAGUGUAGAAUCAAGUACGUUUCAGGAAUAUCUCAACCUGCAAGUUUUGCAGUCAGAUCGAAUAAACCCUACAGAGCUAGUGUCAACUCUUUUGCACGGUCCUGUGCGUACUUGCAACAGUUAAUGCACUGGCACUGCAAAUAUAUUAUCUCAUAUAAGUAGCUUGGCAUCCCUGAUAAGUUCAACAAAAACAGAUGUACGAUCCUUGUGAAUCUCUUCGUUAGUUGGAGAACCUCACAAAUUAAGAAACAGAGGACAACGUCAAACAUAUAACUAAUGGAGUGAUGGUGUGCAUUAACUUGUCUCUCAGAGCACAUUGCAGCUCUGAGAGCUCCAAGGAGCAAGGAAGAAGAAGCUUUCCUCCCUCAGUACAAGAGGACACUGAAAUGGAGGUCGCCUCCACUCCCACCACCCCACCACCCAUCAACUUCUCGCUGCCGGUGGACUCGGAGCACAAGGCCAAGUCCAUCAAGAUCUUCUCCUUCGGUAACCCGCACAUGCGCGCCUUCCAUCUUGGAUGGAUGUCCUUCUUCACCUACGUUGUCUCCACCUUUGCUGCUGCGCCCCUUAUCUCCAUCAUUCGUGACAACCUCAACCUCACCAAGGCCGACAUAGGCAACGCUGGGGUCGCCUCUGUAUCCGGUGCCAUCUUCCCAAGGCUGGCCAUGGGCGCCAUCUGCCACCUCCUUGGCCCACGUUACGGCUGCGCCUUCUUGGUCAUGCUCUCCGCACCAGCGGUGUUCUGCAUGUCCGUCAUCGACGGUCCUGGCGGAUACAUCACUAUCCUCUUUCUCAUUGGUGUCUCACUUGCCACUUUUGUAUCAUGUCAGUACUGGAUCAGUACCAUGUUCAAUAGCAAGAUCAUCGGGACAGUUGGCGGCUUGACGGCGGGGUGGGGUGACAUGGGUGGUGGUGCCACACAACUCAUCAUGCCUCUCGUCUUUGAUGGCAUCUUAGCAAGUGGUGCAACAUCUUUCACGGCAUGGCGCGUCGCCUACUUUGUGCCAGGAAUGAUGUUGGUGGUGAUGGGCCUACUUGUGCUCACCAUGGGGCAACACCUUCCUGAUGGCAACUUGAGGAGCCUGCAGAAAAAUGGCGACAUGAACAAGGACAAGUUCUCAAAUGUUCUACGUGGCGCCGUCACCAACUACCGCACAUGGAUCUUCGUCUUCAUCUAUGGCUACUGCAUGGGUGUCGAGCUCACCACCAACAAUGUGAUCGCCGAGUACUACUACGAUAGCUUCCACCUCGAUCUCCAGUCUGCUGGGAUCAUAGCCGCAAGCUUCGGCUUGGCCAACAUCUUCGCGCGCCCCAUGGGCGAAUACCUCUCUGAUCUUGCUGCCCGCUACUUCGGCAUGCGUGCCCGCCUCUGGAACAUCUGGAUCCUCCAGACCGCUGGCGGAGCCUUCUGCCUCUGUCUCGGUCGCGCAACUACCCUUCCCACCUCCAUCACAUGCAUGGUCCUCUACUCCAUCUGCGUGGAGGCUGCAUGUGGUGCCGUUUAUGGCGUCAUCCCCUUCGUCUCCCGUCGCUCCCUCGGCCUCAUCUCCGGCAUGAGCGGCGCAGGCGGUAAUGUUUCCGGAAUGCAGAUAAGCUAGAGCACCUGCUGAUAUUGUGGC